CGCUCCCGGUCAGCGCCGGUCGGGCCCCGCGGAGCUGCGCCGGGAGCCCCGGCGUACCCCGAGGGGCUGUGCGCCUCCGGGGGCGAGGAAGUACCCCCGCAAUGGGGAAAAGGGGUCCCUCCUGGGCAAGAGGCUGCGGAGGCGGGCAGCCCCGCUCCCGCAAGGCAUCGUAAGAGGACGGAGGGUCCCGUGUGAUGUGCUGAUUGUCAGAAAAAUUGUAAUUAAAAGUGACAUCUUCCACCCCCCAACCCACACACAACUUCCAGCGUUUAUUGAGCUUGUCUGUGAGCAAAGAAGGAAAAGUAACAGGGAGGGGGAAGGAAGCAAAAACGGGAAGGAAAAAGGCGAGCGGGAUAAUUUAUUGAUAACAGCCGCGCGCAGCAAAGCGCUCCGCGGAUCCGUCCCUCCCUCCGCGGUCCGCGCUGGGCGUCCCUUUCACAGCGGCCGUGUCUCCCGGACGGCGCAUCCUGCGCGGGGACCCAACGGGAGCCCCAGAGAGCGCAGCCUCUCCGGAACACUACCGGCUGCCCCGGUCAGGCUGCGAUCCUCCUGUCGGAGCCGCCGGUCCGUCCCGGAGAGCAGCCUCCGGUGUCUGCCCGCCCGCCCUCCAGGAGAGCGCACCUCCGCGUCCCGGCUGCAGGCGGAGUACCCGGGCGAUGCCGAGGACCCCUUCCCGGCCGCGGUAGCUCCGACGGCCCCGGGAUGCCGGCGAACCCUGGGCGAGGGCGGGCAGCUGAUAGCGUGGAGAGGAGCCGGGCACGGCGGGUUGGGUGUUUCCUUUCCGCGCUCACCUCCCUUUCCCUCGGUGACCCACGCUUGAACCUGCAUCGGGAGGCUGAGACGGACUGCUGCCCGCUGCUCCUUCCUCCGCGGCCGGGCAAGAAAUACAAGCCGGGCCUUUCGAGGUGAACCAGAGGACAGCGGAGCCUCCUCCGCCGAUGCGGUAGCAUAGUUGCGGCUCUGCCCCGCGGGCCACCAGGCACACCCAGCAUGGAGAAUCGCCCGCCCCAUCCGGCCCCAGAACCAGCCCGCCUUCUCCUGGCUCCAGGGUAACUCGCCGCUCCGGACGGCGAUAGCAGUGGGCAGGCAAAGGAGCUCCACAGCUUACAGAGCGCAUCGGCACCGGGCGGGGAGAGCCCCCGGGGGUAGGUGUCUCCGGGCAGCCGGUCUCCCGGGUGCUGGAGCGGGACACUUCUCGGUGCAGCCUGCUGGUCUCUUACAGCAUCGGCGAUAAAUCCGAGGAGGCGGCCGACCCUCGACUGUCAGCUGUCGGCACCGUCCCGCAACUCCCUCGCCGAGCGCGAUGCAGCGCGGAGCGAGCCCCAAGCCGCUGUCGCCGCGCCCGGCAGCACUUUCCGUCCCCAGCGGCCGUCUGCGGCGAGGAGGAUGCGCCGCGCAAAGCAAAUAGUUAAAGAUUUAGAGGGGAGGAGCUAGGCCACAAUCCGCAAUUAAAGAUGAACUUUGGGUGAACUAAUUUAUCGGACCAAGGUAGGGUGGGCAGCAACCUGGGAAGGGUAUAAAAGGCGGCCCGAGGCGAGCCCGACCCACGCACUCGGAGCUCCCGGGGGGCCGGGCUGGACUGGUUCCCCAACCAUGGGCUUUUCCACACUGGUCGCCAGCGCCCUGUGCACCUUCCUCCUGCCCCUUCUACUUUUUCUGGCUGCCGUCAAGCUCUGGGACCUGUACUGCGUGAGCAGCCGCGACCCCAGCUGCCCGCUCCCGCUGCCCCCGGGCACGAUGGGGCUCCCCUUCUUCGGGGAGACUCUGCAGAUGGUGUUGCAGAGGCGGAAAUUCCUGCAGAUGAAGCGCAGGAAAUACGGCUUCAUCUACAAAACUCACCUCUUCGGGCGGCCCACGGUGCGGGUGAUGGGCGCCGAGAACGUGCGGCACAUCCUGCUGGGCGAGCACCGGCUCGUCUCCGUGCAGUGGCCCGCCUCGGUACGCACCAUCCUGGGCUCUGGCUGCCUCUCCAACCUCCACAACGGGCAGCACAAGCACCGCAAAAAGGUGAUCAUGCAAGCCUUCUCUCGGGACGCCCUGCAGCACUACGUGCCCGUCAUCCAGGAGGAGGUGAGCGCCUGCCUGGCACGGUGGCUGGGCGCUGCCGGGCCCUGCCUGCUGGUGUACCCUGAGGUGAAGCGCCUCAUGUUUCGCAUUGCCAUGAGGAUCCUGCUGGGCUUCCAGCCCCUCCAGGCCAGUCCUGAUGGAGAGCAGCAGCUGGUGGAGGCCUUCGAGGAGAUGAUCCGCAACCUCUUCUCUCUCCCCAUCGAUGUGCCCUUCAGUGGGCUCUACCGGGGCUUGCGGGCACGCAACAUCAUCCAUGCCAAGAUUGAGGAGAACAUCCGUGCCAAGAUGGCCCGCAAGGAGCAUGAGGGUGGUUACAAGGAUGCGCUGCAGCUACUGAUGGAGCACACACAGGGCAAUGGGGAGCAGCUCAACAUGCAGGAGCUGAAGGAGUCUGCAACAGAGCUGCUCUUUGGCGGCCAUGAAACCACUGCUAGUGCUGCCACAUCACUGAUUGCCUUCCUAGGGCUCCACCAUGAUGUCCUGCAGAAAGUGAGGAAAGAGCUGCAGCUGAAGGGGCUACUGUGCAGUCCCAACCAAGAGAAACAGCUGGACAUGGAGGUCUUGGAGCAGCUGAAGUACACAGGCUGUGUCAUCAAAGAGACCCUCAGGCUGAGCCCUCCUGUUCCUGGAGGAUUUCGAAUUGCCCUCAAGACCCUUGAGCUAAAUGGUUAUCAGAUCCCUAAAGGCUGGAAUGUUAUUUACAGUAUCUGUGAUACCCAUGAUGUGGCAGAUCUCUUUACCAACAAGGAUGAAUUUAACCCCGAUCGCUUCAUGUCUCCAUCUCCAGAAGAUUCCUCUAGGUUCAGUUUCAUCCCUUUCGGUGGGGGCUUGAGGAGCUGUGUGGGCAAAGAGUUCGCAAAAGUCCUUCUAAAAAUAUUUACAGUGGAGCUGGCUCGGAGCUGUGACUGGCAGCUGCUGAAUGGACCUCCUACAAUGAAAACGGGCCCCAUAGUGUACCCUGUGGACAAUCUGCCUACCAAAUUCAUAGGUUUCAGUGGCCAAAUCUGAGAACUCAACACUUGCUUCUAGCUGGAUUUCUACAUAGCAUCUAAUAUGUACAUAGUAACUUUUUAUAGUAAUGAAGGCCUUUAAAUAUUUAAACUUGUAAAUGUACAAUAGUUAUUUAUGUCUUCUAAAUAUUUCAAAAGGCUAUGAUAUUUUUUCCCCAAGCACUACAAUUAUGGGUCUCUGAUUCAUAAUUAGAUAAUGUUAUUUCUAUAGAAAUAAGUUUUCCCCUAUUUAAAAAUCUUACUGAAAGCUGGGCAGCUAAGCAUUUGAAGACAUUUGACGAUGAUGCAUGUAUUAAGAAAUUCUUAAAGGCAUUUGAAACAAUGGGAACUAGCUACUCAUACAAAUUACCUAAAACGGUUAUUGUCUGAGAAUGUUUUCAGUAUUAUUUGUGUUUAGAUCUUGUUUAAUGUGUGAAUUUUUAAGUUUGAUAAUAAAGUUUAUUUUUAUGA